CCAAUCGUCAUGGCCUCCAAGUCCUCUUCUCAUAGAUCAGGUCGAAAGAGGUCCAAGCUCACAGCUGGUGGUGUGUGGAAAGGUGAGAAUGAGACGGAUCCUGAGCUGAUGGAGGAGAAGGACCAGCAUCCUCUCACUGAUGCUGGUGCAUGGACAGAGGAUGAGGCAUACAAAAUAUACCGGGAGAAGCUAGUUCGUCUCAGGGAUCUGUACGUUGGUCAGCUGGGUCACUUGAAGCAUGUCCUGCAUGGGAAGAGGAGGGAGUUCUUGCAACGAUGGCAGUAUGAGGGUGGGGCGUCAAUGCAAGCCUCGCUGCCAUCACAAGGAGGGUCACUGGAGGACUCAGCGUACAGAUGUUAUCGUAAGAGAUCUGGCGAAGAAGCUCUACUGGAGAGAAAGCAGAAGCAACGUAGAAUCGGUUCAAGUCUGGACUACUUCUGCAAGAGAGACGUGAGAGACAUGCACAAGGCCCAUUAUCAGUAUCUGGUGAAGCUGCAUCAAGAGUCCCCAUCGGUCAACGCCACCCACUGCACCUCAGGAGGGUGUGAUCAUCCCUGUAUCCCCUACUCCACACGAUGCUCAAGACACAUUUUUGAUGAUGAGAAACAGUUGUUCUACACCAAAUGCUCGUAUGUCUUCCCUUCAGGUGGUCAGUGUUCCAAUCCAGUCCCCCUUUACAUGGUGCCUCCAUUGUGUGGGGGUCACUGUGACAAUGUUAGCCUAAACUCCCCAGAGACGGGGCAACAACAGAACUCUCAUUCUCAAGCAAUUAACGAAGUUGCUGUGAAAACAGAGAAUACAGAUUUAGAUAUUCAGAGAUAGCUAGUAUCAUAAUAAAUGUUCUGUGUUGAUUAUUUAUAUGUUAUGUUAUUAUGUUACUUUAUGUCAGUUUAUGUAUGCUGAAAAAUUAUUACGAAAAUGUUA